AGGGCACCGCUUCCUCCCAUGCACUUGUCUUCAUCUCCUCCAACACAACCACUUUUAGUGUUGCCACAAUAUCUACUCUCCAAAAUCCCACCCCUCACUCUUCCAUUACCCCUCUGUCCAUAACUUGUCCCUCAACAGUCAUCUUUCCCUCCACCAUUUAAGCCCCAUUUCCCUCCUCCCUCCCUCUCUCUCUCUAACCCUCUGCCUCUCUUUCUCUCUCUUACACACACAACAUCCAACAAACACAACAACUAAUUAAACUCCCUUCACUCUCACCACCACCACCACCACCACCACAACUUCUUGUAACUUAAAAUGUCUAGCAGAAGAUCGCGUUCGAGGGCGUCGGGAUCCUCGAGGAUAACCGACGAUCAGAUCGCCGACCUCGUCUCGAAAUUGCAGCAACUCAUCCCCGAGAUCCGCAGCCGCCGUUCCGACAAGGCUUCGGCUUCGAAGGUGUUGCAGGAGACGUGCAACUACAUAAGGAACUUGCACAGAGAGGUGGAUGAUCUGAGCCAUCGAUUGUCGGGGCUGCUGGAAUCGACGGACGGCGACAGCGCUCAAGCCGCCAUUAUUAGGAGCUUGCUAUUGUAAUGUUGUUACAGCGCAUAGAUGUGGUUGUACGUUUCGCUUCUGUUGUCGUACGUCUAGGGUUAAUUUUGCCAGUAUAUGUAUGUAGCUAUAUGGUUUGGUAUGCUAUCCAUAUAUAAAUAUAUGUUACUAUUUUUUUUAUA